AUGAGUAAGGAAAACAUUCGAUUUUACAUCAAAACGCGCACCGCGCUUAAUAUUCAACCACGAGUGAUUUAUGACGAGUUAUAUGCUGUUCAUGGUGAUCAAGUUCCUUGCCUUAGAACAGUGGAAAGAUGGUGUAAACGAUUCCGUGAAGGCCGAGAUAACCUCGAAGACGAAGCACGACCCGGCAGACCUGUUACCGAAACAACCACUGAAAACAUCGAACAAGUUCGUCUGGUCAUUGAUGAUGAUCCUAGAGUUUCGAUAGAGGAAAUACAAGAACAAACUGGUCCAAGUUACGGUACUACGCAACGAAUCCUUGUCGAUCAUUUGCAACUGACCAAAGUUACGGCUCGUUACUUACCGAAGCAACUGACUGACUUCCAACGAAGUGAACGAGUACGAAUAUGCAAAGAGA